AUGAAUGCGCAGGUGUCUUUCCUUGAUGGCACAUAUACGCUGAUUCACAUCCCCCUCAGCCUGUACUCAAGCCUACUCCAACCUAUUCUGCGAGUGCUUCUGCCGCAAUCGCAAGGCACAGGAGGCCUGCGCGACUCACCCGAGUACGAGUUACAAGGACUCACUUCUGAUGGUCAGCAUGGCUUUCUCAACAUCAGUAUCACGCCUCUAGAGUGUUCGGUUGUCUGCCACACCUCGUGGGCUCAAAAUGUGUUCGAGCCAGUUCUAAAGACCCUGCCGCGCGAUGUUGCGAAGAUUGUCUCCGUUUCCAGAGAGUCCUACAUGGUUCUUUCUGUUAUUAGUGCUGGACUGGAUGCGGGUGGCCGUGUCAUGGAAUUGACUUCCCCACUCGCCCUUGCUGGUAUCCCCAUCUUCUUCAUCACGACCUAUUAUUCCGAUUUCAUUCUAGUCCCGACCAAGGAGCGCGAAAAUGUGGUCAAAUCUCUUAUAGCGAAGGGCUUUGAGCUGUCCGACAACGAAUCGAACUUCAUCACUUCUGCUGCGAACAGUCAGAAGCAGGGGAAUGGACUGCCAGCAUCAUCACCGCCCCAUGAAGGUCUCCCACUCAAUGUUGCCGAGCUGCAAACGCGCAUUUUUGGUACAUUGAAGAAGAGAAACGUGGCACCGAACCUUGAAGAAACCCUUGAGCUGGUGCAAUGCUCUGGACGUGAAACAUCGCAACUUGCAAAUUUCACGCAUCAACGCCCUUCAAUUAGUCGACAUGCAACUGGAAACGGUCGUAGACCAAGCUGGGCGGACAAUGUCGACACGAAAUUAUACACAUGCAUCAUCUCAGCACUUGUAUCGCAACCUCGAUUUAUGUCUGUUACUCUGGCUCAGGAGGAUCCACCAUCUCUGCUGCUCGACAAGAAUCUUCUUGACAUAUUCGGCGACUCGCUUGUUGGAGAUACUGACGCCUGUCUGAUCCCGAUUUUCCUCGACCUAAAGAGUCUUCCUCUUGAAGCUACGGGUAUCGUAUGUGGUGUUGCUGGUAUACUGGUACAGGACUCACAGAUCGCUGCCAGCUCGGAGCUAUCAUAUCUGUCGACGGCACAGGCAGGUGCUGUGAUUCUAUCUGAAGAGCAGGCUGUUAGAGCAAUGGAUAUCUUGAAGCCUCUACUGAGCGAAGAGAAUUAG